AUGUAAAUAAAAGUCAGCCUCAUCUUCCAUAUAGGCCAGCAAUUGCUGAUAAAUUCUCAAUAAAAUUUAAACUGUGCAGUAUUAGAAUCAGAUGGAAAUUCUUGUGCAAUAGCUGCUGCAAAGCUUUUAAUUAACAAAUUUGGAUCAGUAGAUAUAACAAAAACUAGUUUAAAUACUCAUGACUUUGAGAAAAUAAUCAAUUGGGAAGCUUACUUUUAAGCUAAGGACAGUUACAACUAUAUUAGGGAACUCGAAAUAUAUAGGAAUCCCUAUUUUUACCUUUGGACCAGGUACUUUACAACUGCCCCUAUGUGGGAGAUCGAAGAUCAUACAUACUACAUAAUUGAAUUAACGGACUAAGAUUUGAAUUUCUUUAGUUUCAAUAGCCGAAGAGAAUUGAAUAAAAAACACACGAUCGAAUAAGUUAUCCUCGAGGGAUUGCACCUAAAAUAUUAUCGAACUAUCAUUUUUCUCUGUGUGAAAGACUUUGAUUAAGGAAGAUAUCAUGCUCCUAAGAUGUACAUCGACACUGUUGGUUUAUUUAAUGGGAUAUAUAGAAGGAAAUAAGAGAGAUGGCUAUGGUAUAAUGUUACUUAAGGAAGUUAUCCAGAUGAGGGUACUCUUAAGUAAGCAAAUGUUAUAAUAAUACCAGGCAGCACAAGUUCUGCUUAUGAUGAAAAGCCUUGGAUUCGUAGUUUGUAAAAUUUUAUUUUGAAUGUGUAUGAAAAUCAUACUCAAAUAAAAAUUAUGGGAAUUUGCUUUGGAUUUUAAUUGCUUGCUUAAGCAUUUGGAGGAACUGUUGUACCGUGCAAAAAUAGAAUCAAGCACAAAGGAUUUUAUUAUUAUGGAAAUGAGAAAGUUGCAAUUAAGAAUGACUUUUUCUAGAUUGAAUGUUUCAAAGAAUUAACUUAGAUCGAUAGCGUAAUAAUUAAUAAAGCUCAUGGUGACAUAGUUACUAAAUUACCUGAGAAAUUUAUUAAUUAUGGAUCAUCUAAAACAGCUGAAAAUGAAAUAUUUAUUUCUGAAGAUUUGAGAAUAUUUGGCAUGUAAUCUCAUCCAGAAUACACAUCUUAAUAAAUUUUAUUAUUUAUAAGUGGAAUUUAAUCAAGUGAAGGCAAUAGAAGUUUUGGAGAUUAUUAUAAUGAUACUAAUAACAAGAAUUUUGUAAAGGAAAAAGGUGAUUUCUUAGGAUUGUUGAUGUGUCACAAAUUUUUACAAUCUUGA